AUGUUUGCUGGUGGCCGGUCCCUGUGGGAAGCCUUGGCGGCGAUUAGGUCCACUCCAAUAUCAGCCGAUCUCCCGUCACCGGCAGUGCUACUACAAGGCCGCAACCUUCGUGGCAGCUUGCCAUUUUUGCAGAAUCGGCUAAUUCCGCAGUUUGUACCCGCCAAAUUUGUUCACGGGCAGCUGCAACGUCGUCAAGCUACUGCUUGUUUUAAUCAUGGCGGCCGUCCAGAUGUUCGGGUGUCGGCGCUCAUUGUGGGUCAACGUGUCAGAGCGUUCAUCUCGGGCAUAUGGUUGCCAGGUGCCGUUGAAGCUGUUUGCAGCGAACCGGACUCCUAUGUCGUUCGGUUGGCAGACGGGCGAGCCUUUCGUCGGACGCGCCGUGACAUCAAUCUUGACAAUUCACCAUCGGCAGGAUUGGCCGUUGGUCAACAGAGUGGCGGUGCUGCUGCAAUCCCGUCUGCUGUUCGCGGUUAUCACCCCGCCCCUACUAGUCAUCUGCUGCCGACCCUGUCUUGGUCUCCACCUGGUCCGCCGGCCCGCGCUGUGAAUGGUCAAGUUGCCCGGCCAUUUCCGGUAGCUCUGGGUCGACCGUCAAUGGUGCCACAGCUUCCGCCAGUGGUUGUCAUCCCAGCGCCCAGCCCGGCAAACCCAGCGAGGCCACGUGCGGCGUCCGUCUCGGCCGGCCAGCGUGCUGCUAUCCAGCUGCCCUCUGCCCAGUCGCCCCUGACUGCGUCAAUUCCGUUGGCCGCCGCACCUCGUCGUCCUGGAUCGACUCGCUCUGGUCGCCCUUACCUCAAGCCUUGUUAA